UUCGAUAGAUAGCGGAAACAACGGGGAAAAGUGGCGCUCGAUCUGAUACAGAAUUUUCAUAGAACUGAAAUCGCAGUUCACAACUAUAACGCUCUGGAACACUCCAUUAUACUAUGCAAAAAAUAUGGAAAUCAGAUGUUAUAUUACUAUUGGUGUGAUACUAAUCUGUAGCUUACAACAAACUUUUAUGAAUCCUGUGGACACGAUUCAUCUAGUAGACAAAAGAGCACUAGCACGGAAUUCAAACCAACCUCGGCGUAAUCAAAAAAAAUGUUGCGGAAAUCAAAGCUCAGUUGGGAGAAAGGAAAUUAAUAGCCGUCUGGAAAGUGAACAAAAGAAAUUGGAAGAAAAAAUAGUGAGCGAGAUGCAGUACAUACGACCAAAAAAGCGUCUGCGGGCGAGACAAGGCGGAAACGGCGGACUGAGUCGGCUGCGCGCCUACGGCGUCUUCACCGAUCAAGGAAUCCACAUUUCCUGUGCAGGGUGUCCAUCAGGGUGGCCCGACAUGCUGACCGUCUACCCUGAGUUCGAGGUCGGCAUUCCGAUUACCUGCUCCAAUUGUCCGACCAACUGGCCCGGAGCUCUCAACUUGCUCGGGGUCGGAGGGGACCCAUCGUGGGCCCAAAGCAAUGAUCCGCCGAUCAACGGGGACAGGAAUUCUGGCAACAAUUUCAUGACCUUCGACACGGGCAGCAAUUUCGGUGGCGGGAGGGACAAUGCUUUCCCAGCGAAUGAAUACGGUGGCGAUGGAGGCGAUAAUUUAUAUGGUAAUCUCGAUGGAGUAGAUCCUAGCGAUUUAGGACAGAAUGAAGGGCUACCAACAUCGGACAUGACGUAAGAAGGCAGAUCAAGAUAAAGGUCUCAGGGAUGGAUGCAGAAUAUGAAGCUUUGUUGUGCUGAUUCUGAAUUUAAAGCAAUUCCUAUGCUAAUUUAAACAAUUGAUUUAAUGUGGUGCGAUGCAAAUUAAAGAGGGUAUUGUUCACUGCAAAACUCUGGAAAAUCCUUGUUUUCCACGAUUUAACUAUAACCCUUAAAGAUUCAUCUAUAGUCAAAAUUGACCUAGGUCAGACUGUAAAUGUUUUAGCUAAGUGUCUACAAAGUUAGGUAUGCUUUUCAAAAAGUGAGGACUGUGAAAUCUUGUUUUAUUUCCAACAAAGAGUUUCCCCAAAAAGUGCCAGAUACCGUUGGAUAGAUAUAUCGACGAAAAGAAUAAAAAUCUGUUAACAAAAUUUUGAAAAAAAAAUAGCCAAAUUUUAAUUGUAGCAAAAGGUAUUCUUUUGAUUAUUCCACAAACAUAGUAGAACAAAUUGUUUAAACUAACAGCUUGAUCACUAUCUAGGCUACU